AUGUCAAACGGAGAAGUCUGGUCACUUGAUAGAGGACUGAUACUUGCAUACCCAAAUGAUAUUAUUAUCACUGGAAAUACUCGAGCAGAAGUUCAAAUGAAUCUGAAGAAAUUAAUGAAGGCAAGUAAAAAUAUGGGCCUAGUAGUAAAUGCGGAGAAGACAAAAUACAUGGUAGUAACAAGAGGACCAGAGGAUAGCUCCAACCUUAAAAUAGAAAAUAAUGAAUUCGAACAAGUUAAAGAAUUUAGGUACCUUGGAGUAACUCUAAACAACAAAAAUAUUAUGCAUGAAGAAAUAAAUGUGAGGCUGAAUGUAGCUAAUCGAUGUUAUUUCGCAAUGGAGACCCUCUUUAAGUCAAAAACACUAUCGAAAAAGUAA